AAACGUCGUGGUUAGCAGCGGGUGGGUUUUGUAACCAGUAGAAGAGAAAGCAGUGCAACAGUGUUACACAUUUACGAUUCUGAAAUAUAUGAAUAUAAAAACCUGUAAACAUCAAGUGAAUAAAAUACCAUCAGUGGGAGAAACCGGAGUGUUUACAAUGAAAAAGAAACAAGGAGGUCAACGUGAUGCAACAAAAGCAAUCUCGGCCUCGGAAAGUUAUGUGGUUGGACAGGUAUCCGGCAGUCUGUUCCAAAGUCAGUCUUCCAACAGCUCUGAUACUCUAGCAUCUCUAUUCAAUACUCAGAAUUCACUUGUCAAUCCAGUGUUUGUCACUGCACCAAAACCAAGUCCUAAGAAAAGAGAACUGAGUGAAGAUGUAGUUGACAGAAUUGCAGUUACCAUCUACCAGCCACCAGCUAAAAAGCAGAAGCCUGUCAAGGAAAAACAGCUUACAGUUGCUGAGAAGAAAGUGGAAGACAGGGAGUGCUCUUUGAAAAAUGCUGAUGAUGAAGAUGGAGUGAAAAAGAAUGCAAAACCAAAAAAGAAAGCUAAGAGCACCCAGCACCUGGGAGGUAAGGGACCAAAUGACGAGGAGGAACUCCCCAGAAAGAAGAGGCCUAUUAACAAGGCAGAGGAGAGGAUAAAGAAUAAAAGGACAGUGUUUGUGGGCAACCUGCCUGUCAACUGCACCAAGAAGAUGUUGAAAGCUCUGUUCAAAGAGCAUGGAACCAUAGAAUCUUUACGUUUUCGUUCAGUGACAAGAGAAGACGCAACUGUUCCAAGGAAAGUAGCAGCUAUACAGCGCAAGGUUCAUCCCAAAAGGCACAGCAUCAAUGCUUAUGUUGUUUUCAAGGCAGAAAGUGAUGCAGAGAGUGCUUUGAAAAGGAAUGGCACAGAGAUAGAGAGUGGCUACCAUAUCAGAGUGGACCGUGCAUGCAAGUCUGCUGCACAUGACCACAAGAGGUCAAUUUUUGUAGGGAAUCUCACAUAUGACAUUAAAGAGGAAGAGUUGUGGGGGCAUUUUCAAGACUGUGGAGAGGUAGAAGGGGUGCGACUGGUGAGAGACCGGGACACUGGCAUGGGGAAAGGAUUUGGUUAUGUGCUUUUUGAGAGUACAGAUGGUGUCCAGCUUGCACUGAAACUUGAUAGCUCUGUGCUUAUGGGAAGAAAAAUAAGAGUGAAGCGCUCUGUGAAGAAAGAGAAGGAAAAGCCAAAGCCAGCACAGAAGAUGACAGGACCGGCUAAAACCCUGCAGAAGGGAGCAGGACCACCAAACGCAGGCAGAGGAAAUGCAGUAAACUCUUUCAGGGGAAAACCUGGAAAGUCAUUCAGAAGAAACUUUUCAAAUUCUUUCAAGGGAGAAAUGGCAAAGCCUGGAGAUGGGGCAAUGAAAAAAAACAAAGGACUGAAAAAGAGGUUAAAACAAAAAAAUGCCAAGAAAUUUGUAAACAUCUGAAACCUUGAGAUAAAACGCACACUAUUUCUUUUGAUGUUUUGCAUUUGUAUACUUCGUGAAAUAUAAGAUAUUUGUAGAUGUUGUUAACAGUUACAGCCACUUUUAACAAUAUAAAAACUGCACUCGAUCAGGUGCCAAUAAUCUGAGUAACCAGGCUGGUGUUGUGUUUGCUGUGAACUGAUUGGUACAGAAGUUCUCAAACCUGUAACAAGUCUGAUCAUAUUUACAACAAGCUGAAAAGAAUAGGAACAUUCUCUCAUCUUAAUCAACACAGAAAAGUAGGGUAUUAAAUGUGUUUUUACUUCAAAGUAAUAAAAAAACUUUACAUUUCAAA